AAUGCCUACGGGAAUGCCCUACAACUCCUGCGUGCUGCCGUAUCGGAUUCGCAUUGACGACUUCGCGUCGCCUUCGAACCAAGAUUCGGACACAUCCCCUCUCCUUCAUUUGUUAACACACACUCAUUCCGACCACAUCAGUGGACUCUCCGCCAAAUCGUUCGGUUAUCAAGUAUAUUGCUCUCAAGAUGCGAAGGAAAUGCUUCUUCGGCAUGAAGUUUAUGCAGAGCGUGAGCUGCAGGCGUUGGAGCUAAGGACACGGAAGAUUCGGACGUUCUCGCAUCUUAAGGUUGAUCCAUUGUGCUAUCCGGACGGCACCAUGUACUAUACAGGCUCAAGGGAUCUCUUGCGCCCGCUUCCGCUUCACAGACCAACGCGCAUAGAGUUAUCCGGAAACGAGUCAGUGACGGUAACACUACUUGAUGCCAAUCAUUGUCCCGGUGCAGUCAGGUUCCUUAUUGUGGGUGCACACGGCGCGAUUCUGCAUACAGGUGACUUCCGCGCGGAGCCGUGGUUUCUCGAGUCGAUUAUCCGCAAUCCGCUUCUCCAGCCUUAUCUGUCACCUCAUACCGAUGUUUCCACGUGGGCUGAUGAGAAAGGAAGAUCUCCUUCCUUGAACAAAACCCUCGAAGCCAUCUAUCUCGACACUGCUUGUGUCCUCUCCCCAAUGACGGUUCCAACUAAGGAAUGCGCGACAACCGAACUUGUCAAUAUCAUGAAAUUGUAUCCCGAAUCAGUGUACUUCUAUAUCAACUCCUGGACGUGGGGCUACGAAGAUAUUUUGAAGGCAGUAGCAAGAGCCUUCCAAUCUAAGAUCCACGUCGACCGAUAUAAGUACUCCAUUUACCAGCACCUCUCCGACCCUUUCCUGGCCAUCAUUACAACUCAAGAUGCGUCUUGCACUCGUUUUCAUGCUUGUGAACGUUUUCACCGGUGUUCAUACGUCGACGUCGAAAACGAUCCGAGUUAUCAAAAUUCGACGAGUGCCAUGGGCAAACGAGUCGUUUAUGUCAAUCCAGUGACCAUGAGUGAUACUGCCUGGACAAAAUACCUCGAAGAUGUCAGGAGUCGUAUUUCUUCUGGUGAACAAGUUAAUAAUUUGCUUGUGCCCCUUUCGCGCCACUCUACUCUGCCGGAACUUCAAGCCUUCGUCAAACUCUUUCGACCCAAACGCAUUGUGCCCAAUACUCUUGAUCCCCGUUUACUUGGUCUUGAUUGGGCCUACAUUGACCGGAACCUUGUUGGUGACGGUGCUGCUGAUAUCGCUGAGCGCUGGGCGGACCAGGGGAAGCUCCUCAAAAAGCUCGCAUACAUUCGCUGUCACCUCGGGAGGGAGGAGAACGACGUGAUCGACCGACUGCUUGGCGUGAAUAUCCAGGAGCCAUCUGUUCAUCAGCAACCCGUCACUCCGUUCAGCGUUGACAAAGGCAAGGGCAAAGAAACCCGAUCGUCACCACUUUAUGGCAGAGUUAGUGAAGAGGACUCUGACUUGGACAGCGACGACGAGCGUGGUCGGACGGCACACAAGCUUUUCGCUGGUCUUGCAGGAAUCGGUUCUGACGACAAGGAAAACACUUGGUGGGUGUCGUCGCCUAUCACCCAAGGCGACCACGGCGAGGAUGAUGACGUUCUGGGCGAGCUCGCGAAGAAGGGCCACGGUGUUCCUGUCGGCAACGGAGCGUGGAGGGUGAAUCGCUUGACCCCAACAUCCUCACCCAUUCAGACGAAGGGUCCAGUACAGAGGCAGUUCAUGGACAAUAAUCAGCGCCGUUCACAGGCGUCCUCGAACCGGCCGAUUGCCUGCUCUUCAAAAGUGCCGCCCCUUCCUUUCACCCCAAUUGCCAGCCGGAACCUUUCGCGAACGGCAAUGGCUGGCAAGGGCAAGGAACAUCGCCCUGAGUCUCCAAUCUGCAUCGCCUCUUCCUCCUCUCCCGACGUCCCGGAUACAAACCACAAAGACGGGAUCGGUCUGACGCGUCGGGCUCCAACUUCCAUGGACCUCAACAAUCUUUUAUCAAACAAUCCUUUGGCACGUGACAAAAGUGUAUUCUUGUCAAAGCCGCGUGCCCUUGUCUUUCAUCCAGCCCAACUCCCUUCACGUAUUACAACAAAGGGGAAGAGUAAAACCACGGCCUCUUCUGAAAAACUCCCCCAACAAUCUCAUCUCAACCCUCCCAACAUGACUUCCACGGACGAACUUUUCGACGAUUCUAAAUCCUUCAACGCGUCGGCGCCUAUGAAGAGGAAGCGCUUGUCGUCGGACGCAAGCACACCACCACAUAUAUCAUCCAAGAGACAACAUCAGGACAGUGGCUCACGAAGUCGCCCGGUGGCAGGACCGUCGGGCGAUCCACCGAUGGACACACCAACACCGAAGCCAGUCUUAGCACGAUCCCCUUCACCCCGCCGCGAGAACGCUCGCCAAUCUCUCUCCCCCGUCCCAUACGUCCCGAAUGAGAAGGAAAUGCACCAUCUCAGACGCUUGGAAACUGCACGCCAACUUGCCAUCACCUACCCUCAUCUCGUUGCGCCAUCGUAUCCCAAGAAGAGGGAACGGCAGCUGGCGCAAUGGAGCAGGAGGACAAGGGAGCGCGUUGCAGCGGCGGUUGGUGGGCCGAACGCUUCCUUGCCUAUUCCUGCUGCCUCAUCCGCAUCUGGAUCGGGAUCAGGUCCGAAUAUGACGGCGCCGAAGCCUGCUUCUCCACCAAAGGAACAUGAGAUGGCGAAGUUGAAGGAACGAAUGCUUAUGCCACAACGGACGGUCCUGUCCUUCGAGACAGUACAUGAUGAAGGUGAAUCAUCCUUCGAUUGGAAUCGAAGUAAACAGCUCGCAGACACAAUUCGGCAGGAUAUCACUAAUGGACGGCGUCCUGUCAUCCCUCCACUUAUAUCUGCACAAUCACAGUCACAAAGUCUGGAAACGGAAUA